AUUAAAAAAGUUCACAGCAUAAGCAUGGUAGUUUGUCGGUUCUUCCAGCAGGGCUCCUGCCGCUUUGGCACCAAGUGCAGCAACGAACAUUUUGACAUCAAAGUGGUGCUGAAGAAUGACAUGGAAGCCAGCAUUAAUGGGAAGAUGUGGCCUUUCUCUGUUUACGGCCCAUUCAAGGAUAAGGCGAACAUUCCCAACUUCAUCGAGGACCAGUCGUUCGAGGAGGUCCGCCUGCUCUGCUACGAGGCGAAGCGUCUGAACAGCUUCGAUCAGUUUCAUCAACAGUUCAACCGGGAGGUCAUGGAGGCCACCAACAAGAUGAAGACCAUGAUCCAGGUGACCCCACAGAUGGUCGAUGUAAUGAUCAAGAUCUACGACGCUCCAGAAGGUGCCUCCGCCGUGUCCAGUGCUCCCAAUCAAAAUCCAUUUGCCGCUACGGCUUCCAAUACCGCUGGAUCCAUCUUCAGCAAGCCGACUCUUGGCAAUCAAGUCAAUAACACACAAAGCCUUUUUGGGGGCUCCAUGGCAUCGGCGAACUCUGGAAACAGCAUAUUCGGCGGCGGGAGCGUGGCCGGAGCAACAAGUGUUUUUGGACAACCGCAACAACAACAGCAACAGCAGGGAGCCGGACCGCAGACCUAUCAGGGAGGCAAUAUAUUCGCUCAGGCGCAGGCCCAGCCCCCGAACCAAAUGCCUUUUGGUGGUUUUCAACAGCAGCAGCCAGGAGGUGUCUUUGGUCAAGCUGCAGUCAAUCCCAGUGGUGGGAUCUUUGGCCAGGUGGCUCAACAGCCACAGCAGCCGCCGAGUGGAUUGUUUGCCCAAGCGGCCCAAACAGUAGGCUUCCCUCAACAGCAUCAGCAGCAGCAGCAGCAGGCGCAACAGAUGAUGCAGCAAGUGAAUACCCAACAGCAGCAGCAACUUCUUCAACAGCAACAACAACAAAUGAUGCAGCAGCAGCAACAACAACAUCAAUUGAUGCAGCAGCAGCAGCAUCAACAACAACAACAACAACAACAGCAGCAGCAGCAGCAAUCACAGCCAGGGGGAAGUUCUAUGUACAGCCUCUUGGAAUCCUUGACUCCAGCUGAAAUUGAAGCCUUCAAGGCGGAUCAGUUUCUGCCAGGCCACGUGCCCUUCAAUCCACCGCCACGCGAAUUUUGUUAAAAGUCUUCUUCGUAAUAGUAUAAGCUGUGUAUAUACCCUGCAUGAGCACCCUUUGUGCUACACCUACAUGAAUAGAACUGA